AGAAAAUUCAUUAACAGAGAAUGAAGAUAAUUUUUUACGAAUGUUUCGACUUAUGAGUAAUGUUGCACCAAAAGCAGUGCGAGAUUUGUUCAACCAACAUUACAAGCCAUCAUCGCUUAUAGCUACACUUGCAAGAGACAAAGCUAAGAUUACAAACCACCUUUUAAAUCGUCAUAUCAUCAGUAGGAAACAAAUGGAUCUACUUUAUCCGACAUCAGGCAUAACAUCAUCAGAAAAUUACGAUAUUACACUAAUGAUAUGCUUAUUGAGGAACAUGACAAAUAUCUUGCAACCAUGCCUUGGCUAUGACAAACUACCACCAGUUACAGAAACCAGCGAUGGAGCAGAUUUGGCUAGAAUUAAAUACUAUAGAAAUUUUAUGGCCCAUACUGAAACAGACGAAUUAUCCAAUGAAGACUUCAACACGAUGUGGAUUUGUAUAACUAAGGCAAUCAUCAGGAUUGGUGGAGUGAAAUACAAACCAAAAUUUGAGGAUUUGAGUCAGAUAAAUCUCAACAGAGACAUUUUAACUUAUAUUCGGCAAGAUCUGUGUGAACUUCGUGGCGAAAUUUCUAAUCAAAUAGGGACAUUGAAAUCACAAACAGCUAUAACUCAAACUUCCAUAACUCUACUUCACAGUAAAUGCAGUGCACAAGGUAAAGACAUGAAGUUGAUAACCAAAAAAGUUACCACGCAGAUAGAAGAUUUGGCCUUAGAAAUAAAGAAGUAUGAAGACGAUACUAUUCCAAAGAAUAUAAGGGCUCAACAUCAACAAUAUUUAGAUGAAUGGAAAAAGGACGACCACAUGUUUGUCGUCACCAAGGCUACAAAGUACGUGAAGUCGUUUCUGAAAUAUAAAAGAAAAAACGUUGUUGUUGUCACUGGUAGCUCGGGAACUGGCAAGUCGUCAAUCAUUCAUCAUAUUGCGUUAGAAUUAUGUUUUAAGUAUGGAUACGAAGUUAUACCGUUUGUAACAGGACCGCAAGAUAUUAUCAACUUUCGAGACCCAACAACGAAACAAGUUUUUGUUGUUGAUGAUAUUUGUGGCAAAGAAGCAAUAAAUGUGAGUUUAGUGGAGCUGUGGAGAGAUCAUUCGGGAAAAUUAGCAAAAAUUUUCGAAGUUAACGAAGAAGGUAAAAACAAUCUAUCGUGCACACAAAUGUCAUCUCCAAAAUUAUUGGUAUCCUGUAGAUUACACUUAUACAGAGAUGUUCACGUUAAAUUGUUAAAGUUGACACUUUUUAAACGAAGCCAAUGCAAUUUGCUGUCAACAGAGCUUCGCUUGUCAAAUGCAGAAAAAAUGAGAAUGGUGAAACGAUACAUUCCAGGCAAAAUGUGCUACUCCUGGGGUCGGGAAACGUUCGAUUUCUUUCCCUUGCUGUGUAAAUUGGCAGUUAGGAAAAAUUCUGAUGAAAUAAAGAAACUAUUUUUGUCACCUGUUGACACUAUCAAAGAUGAUUUAACACAAUUUAUAACGUGGCAGAAUAAUUAUCAGCUAUGUGCUUUAGUUUUGUGCAUCUUAUUUUUGAAUGGUUUCAAUCCAGAUUGGCUAAAAUUGGAAUACGCACCUAUCUUAGAAAGAGACAAGAUAAAGAAUGUAGUGGACGAAUGUGGCAUAAAUAUUAAUUUAGAAAGGGAAAGGGAAUGUUUACAGUGUUGUUUUGAAUCUUUAGAGUUGACAUACUUAAAAAAGUUUGGAAAUAUGUAUAUAAUGAUACAUGAUAAAAUAAAUGAAAUUGCAGCCUUCCUGUAUGGGCAAUAUCUUAAAGAAUGCUUCAUCAAAUAUGCGCCAACAUCAUUUGUUCGCGAUCACUACAGAUUUCAAUCAUUUGAAAGAAAAGAAAAUAACAAAAUAAUAAUGUUGUCGGAAAACAUGGAGGGAGAGUAUUUGAAUAGACUGAUUCGAGAUAUGAAGCAUGGUCACAUCGUAAGCACAUUAAGUAAUAAGAAUUUAGUAAUUGACACGAUUCGAGCAGAAAUUAUAAAAGCUUUCCAGCAUGAUCCUGAUGUAAGGCUAGCAAUGAAACAACAUUCAUCUUCUAUGUAUUCAGUACCAAUUAUGGAAGCCGCAGCUCAAGGUUUUGCUGACAUAGUGAAGGUUCUGAUUGAUUUAAAAUAUGUAGAAUGCGAUGUCAAUUUCAGUAAUUGGUGUUGGGCAACACCUUUAUUUGCGGCCUGUGAAGGAGGGCACACUGCUGUAGUAAAACUUUUACUUGAAAACGGUGCUAAAUUUUAUGGUUAUGGUGAACAUGGUUGGUCUCUUUUACAGGUGUCCUGUUCAAAGGGGCACAUAGGAGUGGUGGAACUUUUGCUUCAAAAAAGUUUUGGAUUCUUUAAAAAAAAGAAAAAGAAACGAUCUAACCGUGUUACAGCUUAUGCAGCAAGAGAAAAAAUAGGAAACUAUCUAAAUUUAUCAAAGGUUGACGAUCAAGGACGCUCUACAUUGUUUUUGGCUUGUAAAGAAGGCCAUACAAAUAUUGUUAAACUAUUGCUGGAUAGGAAUGCUGAUCCCUUAAAAUCUAACGAUCGUGGACAGUCACCGUUGAUGUCUGCAUGUAAAAAAAAGGUCAUCAAAAUAUAGUGGAAUUGCUACUUAAAAAGAAUGUUAAUGUAAAUAAAAAAAGAAAAGAUGGACGUGCAGCAUUACACUUUGCAUGUAAAGGGGGUUAUUCAGCAGUUGUAAAACUUUUAAUUGAAUACAAGGCCAAUG